AUGUUUUCUGAUGAACUGAAUUUGAAGGAGCAUGAAGCAUCGAAGGUGGAGCAUGAAACAUUGGACAUUGACGAAGACGAUGAGGUCGACAACAGCAGCAGCAGUGCGACUGCGGUGCAGCAUGCCGCCGACUUGGGUGUGCGCAGAGGGACCUGGCUGGCUUCAGACGUAUCCGCGACAGAUGAAGACGACUCGUCUACCUCCAGCGACCCUGUGGUUCUACAUCGAGGGCUGAGGGCACGAGGACUGUGCGAGACCAAAAAACUCUCGGUUUUAGAUGACGAUGAGUGGAUCAGGUAUUUUGCUCCUACCAACUGCCGCUUCUCUCUGCUGCAUGCGGUAAAACAGCACUGCAUCAUUCCAAUGUCUUCUAACUUGGCCCUCCCACGUAAGGCGGCGCUGGAAGCUUUGGUACUUGGAUCCGGCAGUCCCCGGGGUCGGGCACUGGUUCGCGAAUUGUGCCAAAGGUUUGAGAAGGUAUACUGCAUCGGUCCUUUGACUUUGAAGGACCGUUUGCCAGCGAGUGACAAGGUUAUAUAUCUUCAAGGAAAUGUGUGGGAGAGUGAUCUUGGAGUUGGCAGUACAAAGGGUAUGUCCUGGUGGGAUCAUUUGGGACAACGAGUUACUCACAUUUAUAUCACCUACUCAUGCCUCGAAAACUUACCCAUAGAACCCGUUUCAGAGAAUGGCUCCGAUCUACACUCAAACAGUACUUGCCCUUCUGGCAAGUGUCCUGGCAAGUGUAAAUGUUCACCUGGCCACAUUGUCCCAACUGUAGAUGAUUACGACACUCUGAAGCCGGUCAUUGAUAGGAGGCUCCAUGGCAUGUACCAGAAUGUAUUCAAACUAUGUAACAUGUACCAUCGGAAGUGCAUCACUAGCUUCAGUCAUCUGACUUCACAUCUGAUCACUAAAAAGUUUCGCGGAGGUCAUGGUAUUAUCUUAGAAGGAGAUUAUUUAGACAUCGACUCAUUGCAAGAGUUUGAACGCCUGUAUUUCCCAUGCGAAGAAGACAUCAUGGAAACAGCGUCAUUGCAGGAAUGUGUUACUCCAGACAGAGGCCCGACACCUCAUACGAGUAGUUCUGAAAGAAGCACGGAGGUUCCUACUUCCCCGAGAUCUCUACCGAUGAUGGAACAAAAUUUUUCGUUUUCGAAGAAACAGUCGUUUCGCAGUGACGUGGCCCAUCAGCAGAGUGUAUUUCCUUUGUUGUGCUGGGUGGAUCUGGUGAGUGAGGCCCUCUUGAUGUAUGCUUUUGAAACGCACGGUUACGAUGUGUGCAUGAUUCGAAUUCCGGGUGAUGUCCUUGGCUCUUGUAUAUCCCGUAGACACGGUUUGUGGUCUUUACUGUCGCUGUGCAUGUCCGUAAAUUGUUUGCCUGGCUUCAUAUCUGAUGACGUUAUUAUGGCAACCUUUCAUGCCAUGGAGCCGGUAAUGAGAUUCGCUGUGCCCCUAAGUAUGCGCCAUAAUCAUCGGAUAUACCAUUUGUUAUUAAAGAAGGACUAUGAUAUCUUACCCAUACAUGGCACGUCGAGAUUAUGCUAUGAUUUGCCAGACGUUCAAGACGCGUUUAUGAAGUUAGGUAUAAUAUUGCCGAUCAUAAAUCGUGUCGAAUUUGUCACUAGACUUCAGGAGCUCGGCAAUGGAGUGAGUAGAGUACAGAAGCGUGCCGUGGAGUUCGCAUUGGACCUACUGGACGUUGUUGAUGACAAUACACGAAUUUCAGUUGUCAAUUCACGGACUGACCUUGAUUGGUUAUUGCUAGCCCAUCCAGAAUUACUUGUUCAUCAUGACAACAAUCGCAUGCUAUCAUGGAUGAAUGGAAUGGUUAGCGGGAUGGUAGCCCCAAAGGAAGAUGUAAUAAAGAAUAUUGGAGGUGAAUGCUUGGUAUCGUUAACUCUUUCAUUAUUGGGUCGUGGACUUUUAGACUUGCCAUCCCGAUAUUAUGAAGAUCGUACAUUGGAUGUAAUUAUUAGAGAACUAGAAUUGAACAAGAACGAAUUAAAUAGUAGUUGCGUAUGUGGUGGUAAUGAUGGAUGUAUAUGUUCUAAUACUAAUUUGUAUAUGACAAUGUGUAAUGGAUGGAAUAGAUUGAUACAUGUUUCAUAUCAUCAGAAAUUAUCUCCAUUAGCUAUAUUAUAUAUAGAGCGACUAUGUCAUUUAUCCUUAUUUACAGUUCUCAAUAUGAUACGACAAGAAACGUCACCCAUAACGCCAAGAACCAACAAAUUAUCUGUUCGAGUUUUGUUAUGUUUUGGUGUAUCAGGGAGUGAAGAAUUAGCUACUGCUUUAAGUGUGAUAGAUGAGGUGGAUGUGGUGCAUGAUUAUCUGAUAUGUAACCUAUAUGGUAAUAAUUAUAGGUCAUCAAAGUUUACAUCAAGUUUAGUGGAUCCACGGAUUAAUGAUUAUGCAUGUUUAAUAUCAUUAUUAGAAUCGGAGAAUUACUAUUCUAAUGUUCGCAUGUACUCUACUCAUAAGCAAUACAAUAUCUAUUCCCAGGUGUUGAAUACUAUUCGUAAAUAUCCAAGUACUUAUAAUAAUUUGACAUGUUAUAGUCUAUUAGGAAGAUGUCCUGAUCUGGGUUUACGAUAUAGACUUUUGGACUAUUCAGAAUUUGUAUACAACGAGAUACUAAAUGAUGACAUUAUGAAGAAUAUAACUACCAUACAAAUUCGAUUUCAUAAGCAUUUGAUUCUACAAAAUAAUAUUAGUAAAAUAUAUUUAUUUAAUUAUAAAUAUAAUUUAUAUAACAUAAAAAUAUUAAUAAAUUUAUAUAAUUAUAAUAUUGGCUAUGGUGUUGGCUAUGGUGUUGGCUAUGGUGUUGGCUAUGAUGUUGGCUAUGGUGUUGGCUAUGGUGUUGGCUAUGGUGUUGGUUAUAAUAUUAUACCUAUCAUAAUUCAUCGACGUAUUGGCAGUGCAAUAUAUAGUACUAUGAAUACUAUGGUGGACCAUGAAAUUGAUAAUAAUUUAAUUAAAUUAUAUAAAAUAUUUAUAAAUUUUAUUAAAUUAUCUUAUCAUAAUCUUAUUACCAUUGAAGAUGAAAUUGCUCUCAUGUUCUUAAAUGAGCACCCCAGGCUACAACCACCAAGACAUUUUGCUGUUCCUGUAUACUAUUCGGAUCUUAUUAAGUCACCUAUCACAACUAUUAAUAAACUCCUGACACAAUCUACGAUUCCUCCUCUGAUACAAAAAGACGGAGCAGAAGGGGUAGGAGGGGGGUUUCGAAGUUUCAGUUUUGGACGACGUGUCCCUAAUAUGUUAUUUGGUCAUGAAAAGUACAUCAUAGAAUUCAUCGAGAACAAACCCAAAACAAAGUAUCAAGUCCCAUUAGAUGCAAUCGGUAUAAAACCAACAUACAUCCAACGUAGCUUCGCAGAUUAUCAACUUCGAUCUGUUACAGAAAAGGCAAGAGGAAGAUGUGCCAUCGAAUCUAUUAUAUGGCAGUGCAUGGUCAAUAACUCUAUCGAUAUCAGUCUCUAUUAUGAUGAGCAAGGCAGAAUCAAAAAAUAA